CACUGCUCACCUGGGCACAGGAGGGUUCAGAAAGCUGCAAAGAAAUCAUCUCCAGGAACGCCAGCACCAGAAUCCAUCUGAGAACAUGCUGCCACAAACAGCCCUUUUGCUGCUACUGUCCUUGAACCUGGUUCAUGGAGGAUUUUAUGCUGAGCGAUACCAAACACCUACAGGCAUAAAAGGCCCACUACCCAACACUAAGACACAGUUCUUCAUUCCCUAUGCCAUAAAGAGUAAAGGUGUAUCAGUAAGAGGAGAGCAAGGUAUCCCUGGUCCCCCAGGCCCUGUGGGACCUCGAGGGCACCCGGGUCCAUCUGGACCACCAGGAAAACCAGGCUACGGAAGUCCUGGACCCCAAGGAGAGCCAGGAUUACCAGGACCACCAGGACCAUCCACCACUGGAAAGCCAGGUUUGCCAGGACUCCCAGGAAAACCCGGGGAGAAAGGACUAUAUGGACCCAAAGGAGAUAUUGGACCACCUGGUUUACCAGGACCACGGGGCCCACCAGGGCCACCUGGAAUCCCCGGCCCAGCUGGAAUUACUGUUCCAGGAAAACCCGGACAACAAGGACCUCCAGGAGCCCCAGGACCCAGAGGCUUUCCUGGAGAAAAGGGCACACCAGGAGUCCCUGGUGUGCAUGGACAGAAAGGGGAAACAGGAUAUGGUACUCCUGGACGCCCAGGUGAGAGGGGCCUUCCAGGCCCUCAGGGUCCCAUGGGACCACCUGGCUCUCCUGGAGUAGGAAAAAGAGGUGAAAAUGGGCUUCCAGGGCAGCCAGGCAUCAAAGGUGAUCGGGGCUUUUCAGGAGAGAGAGGACCAGCUGGCCCACCAGGCCCCCAAGGUCCUCCUGGGGAACGAGGACCAGAAGGCAUUGGAAAGCCAGGAGCCCCUGGAGCCCCAGGCCAGCCAGGGAUUCCUGGGACAAAAGGUCACCCUGGGGCCCCAGGAAUAGCUGGGGUCCCCGGGGCUCCUGGCUUUGGGAAACCAGGGUUACCAGGCCUGAAGGGACAAAGAGGACCUAUUGGCCUUCCAGGGAGUCCAGGUGCCAAAGGGGAACAAGGCCCAGCAGGCCAUCCUGGGGAACCAGGUCUGACUGGACCCCCCGGAAACAUGGGACCCCAAGGACCAAAAGGCAUCCCAGGCAACCGAGGAAUUCCAGGCCCUAAAGGUGAGACAGGACCGGCUGGGCCUACAGGACACCCUGGGGCUAAGGGAGAAAGGGGUUCCUCUGGGUUAGAUGGAAAACCAGGGUACCCGGGAGAACCAGGCACCAGUGGUCUUAAGGGAAAUCCAGGGCUCCCAGGCCCAAAAGGUGACCCUGGAGUUAAAGGACCUCCUGGUCUCCCAGGUCCUGUGGGCCCAGCAGGAGCUAAGGGAGUACCUGGACACAAUGGUGAGGCUGGUCCAAGAGGUGCCCCUGGAAUACCAGGUACCAGAGGCCCCAUUGGGCCACCAGGCAUUCCAGGAUUCCCUGGAUCUAAAGGGGAUCCAGGAACUCCAGGUCCUCCUGGCCCAGCUGGCAUUGCAACUAAGGGGCUUAAUGGUCCCACUGGGCCACCAGGGCCUCCAGGUCCGAGAGGCCACACUGGAGAGCCUGGCCUCCCCGGUCCCCCAGGCCCUCCAGGCCCCCCAGGCCAGGCAGCCCCAUCUGAUGGCUUUAUAAAGGCAGGCCAAAGGCCUCUUGUUAGUGCCAACCAGGGAGUAACUGGGAUGCCUGUGUCUGCGUUCACUGUUAUUCUCUCCAAAGCUUACCCAGCUGUAGGUAUUCCCAUCCCAUUUGAUAAGAUUCUGUAUAACAGGCAACAGCAUUAUGACUCAAGAACUGGAAUCUUUACCUGUAGGAUACCAGGAACAUACUAUUUCUCCUACCACGUGCAUGUGAAAGGGAACCAUGUUUGGGUGGGCCUGUAUAAGAACGGCACCCCUGUCAUGUACACCUAUGAUGAAUACACCAAAGGCUACCUGGAUCAGGCUUCCGGGAGUGCCAUACUCGAUCUCACAGAAAAUGACCAGGUGUGGCUCCAGCUGCCCAAUGCUGGGUCAAAUGGGCUGUACUCCUCUGAGUAUGUCCACUCCUCCUUCUCAGGGUUCUUGGUGGCACCAAUGUGAGCAUAUUCCCAACCGAGCUAACGUAAAUCUGCUU